AUGAAGAGUCGAAGCACACGUGACAUAACACUUGUGCAACAACUUCGUCUAGACCGAAAUACAUUUGGUCGAUUAUGUUAUCUAUUACAACAUGUGGGUAAAUUACAAAGCCGAAGAAAUGUUGAAUUAAGUGAACAAGUUGUCAUAUUUGAUAUGCUCGUCAACCCCGCUAUACUCCUUCUUCCUAGUCAAGGGAAGGCUAAGACAGAUAGGCUAGGGGUCGGUCAAACUAUUAGCAAAUUAUUUCAUCAUGUUAUGAACGUUGUACUACAUUUGCAUCAUUUACUCGUUGUUCAACUGGUUCCUGUCAUAGAUGACAAUGCAGGCUGGAGGAGUAUUGUUCACAAUAUAGAUUUGUUUUUUGAAGAACCAUUAAUAGUUAUGUACGUGGUUUUUUUAGUGAUGGAAUCAAGUGCGAGUGAGGAACGUAAUGCCACUACAAACACUACUCGUCGAACGGCCGAUGAGGAACGUGCAUUAGUGCAUGGUUUUGUGUUGGGCUCAAACAUCAAAGCUGAAGCAAAUAUAUCUUCCAAAAUAACCGUGUGGAAAAGAAAUUACAAUGACAUAGUGAAGAUGAUGGGGACAUCCGACUUUGAGGAUCCCAACCAUGUGUGGCAAGCAUACAUUAAAGUAUUAUUGCGUGGGUGCACAUUAACUUUUUUGUGUUCUAAAUUGAUGAAAAAUUCUAUCCAUAAAUCUAUCAGGCACACCCUAAGGCCAGAGACCGGGCAACAAGAAUGGGAGCAAUGGGGGUUUGCUGUUGCUAUGAAUGAUGUGAUCCAACUCAACCAAACAAUGUUAGACAACAAGAGUCCAUGCCUAGUCCCAUUAAUCCAAAGGGCAAUGAAAUGGAUUGUUCUUCAGCACACAGGGAUGAGAGUACCACAUCCAGCAAGAGUCGGGGGUAAAAGGAAACGCUUUCCACAAGACGAGGAUUCGUUGGUGAAUAUUUUUUUAGCUUUAGUUGAAAAAACGGAUGAACGCCUUUUGCAAUUGGCCUCACAAGUUGUUUAUGAGGCUCUCGAAUCUAUCCCUACAUUGUUGACCGAUGAGAAGUUAUUUGUUGCAAAAAUUCAUGCAAAAACAAUGAGGAACUUGAUCUUUCUUACAACCUUAGUGAAGAUGCAGAACAGUGUCAAAUUAUCUCGUUUUGGUGUAGUGAAGCAUGAAUUUCAUCACAAGGAUAAAGAAGCGGACUACGAAUACUCCUUCCGCUCUUUUGACAUGCCGUGGUACAACAACACAGACAUUGACCUUGGAGAUGGCCCACUUGGCUCAUCCAUUCAUCAGCCGAGCAUUGUUGAUGACCCCGAACCAGGACAACCCGACGAAGUGGACAUGGAUGUGGUCGAGGUUUACAUGGAUGCUGUAGAGUGUUGA